AUGUAUGGAAUGCGGCCCGCCCUGAAGGCGAUGACCCUGACGGUGGCUCCAUGGGGCGGGCCCAGAGGCCUGGGAGGGCGGGGCACCCAGAGAGACUUAAAGAGCUCCCAGGUCCCACCCAGCGCCCUGCGCGGACGCCUCAGCUCCCACCAUGGCCGAAACCGCCAAGCUCCAGCUGAGAGGAGGGCUGGCCAGGUGGUUCCCAUCAGUUCUCAGGCCAAUGACCAGAUCCGUCUGUGGGGCUUCCUGGCCCCUUCCCCACCCUUGGAGCUGAGGAGUGUGCUGCCAGCCAUGAGGCCCAGUUUGUGGGAGGUAGGGUCCCACCCAGCCUGGUGGCAGGAUUCCUGGGUCUGCUCCCAGUCCAACACCUCUGCUCCACCCACCCAGGCCAGCGAGGAUGGUGAGAGUGUGGGGCACUGCCCUUCCGGUCAGCGGCUCUUCAUGGUCCUACUCCUCAAGGGUGUACCUUUCACACUCACAACUGUGGACACACGAAGGGCGCUGGAUGUGCUGAAGGACUUUGCACCAGGCUCACAGCUGCCCAUCCUGCUCUAUGAUGGUGAAGCCAAGACAGACACACUGCAGACUGAGGAGUUUCUGGAGGAGAUGCUGGGGCCACCUGACUUCCCUAGCCUGGCACCCCGUUACAGGGAGUCCAACAUGGCAGGCAACGAUGUCUUCCACAAAUUCUCUGCAUUCAUCAAGAACCCAGUGCCUGCUCAGGAUGAUGCCCUGUACCAGCAGCUGCUACGCGCACUGGCCAGGCUGGACAGCUACCUACGCGCACCCCUGGAGCAUGAGCUGGCACAGGAGCCACAGCUACGGGAGUCACGUCGCCGCUUCCUGGACGGUGACCAGUUCACUUUGGCUGACUGCGGCCUGCUGCCCAAGCUGCACAUUGUGGACACCGUGUGUGCACACUUUCGCCAAGCGCCCAUCCCUGCGGAGCUGCAUGGUGUCCGCCGCUACUUGGAUAGUGCACUGCAGGAGAAGGAGUUCAAGUACACUUGUCCACACAGCGCUGAGAUUCUGGCUGCCUAUCGGCCAGUGGUGCACCCCCGCUAGCGCCACUGCCUCCACCUGCCGCCCCUGCCCACUCAUCUGCAGCCCUAUAAAGACAUCUCUGCCCUCAGUGAGUGUGUCCUGAACAUCAGAUGGCCAGAGGCCACAAAUACCGCCACCCUAAUCCCAUGGCGCCACACU